GCUGUUCAACUCUCGCAAGUCGCAAACGUACAGCUUCUUCAGCCCUUCGUACCUUCUCGUCUUCUCCCACAUCCUCCAUAACGGUGCCAAAGCAAGCGACAACGUAACCGAGCGAUGAGAUUACAGAGUGAUCGGAUUUAACGGAAGCUCAGAAUUCAAUGUAAUCCACCUUCAUCGCAUUUAAUUUGAAUCAUGGUUUGGGCACACAGUUGAAUUUCUCAGCCGUUCCUUCAUUCCUCCGUUCUGAUUCUCGUCGAUCCAUGGAAGAGGAGGCAUCGGUAGUCUAGGCAGUGUUAGCCCCUUUUUCUGUCAUCUGUUAGGGUCGGUAACGAUAGGAGUAGGGCCGAUCGGCCUCGAUCAUGGCAGUCGUGGAUAACGCAGACGUUUCUGAUAGAGGGAUGAGGGUAGAGUCCUCUUUUAGUCGUGAUAUCGAUGCAGGUGCUGCAAAGGAGCACGAAAAUCGCCUCGCUACUUCAGCGGCGGGGCUGCAGCAGGGUCAUUUCGGAGCAGCGAGGAUUAGAGGGCCAUUCCUUCGUCCUCACCAGGGCUCCUCCUUCUCAGGCUUCGAUGUUAAGGGCUUUCAACCACCGCAACAGUGGGUUGGGCAUGCGGCGGCUGUCCAGCUGCCUGAUGGUGGACGGAGGGGUAACGAGGAGGAGGGCUUUAAGAGGGAGAUGAGAGAUCUAGAGGAGCUGCUAUCAAAGCUUAAUCCGAUGGCUGAGGAGUUUGUGCCGCAAUCGUACGUGAACUCUGGAGCCGGGGUUAUUUGGAGCGGCGGAAGUGGCAUGGAUACCGGUUUUUACUCUAACAGUUUUGGGUUACCUAUUGUUUAUCCGAAUGCGGGCUAUGCAAAUGACGGUAAUCCUAAUGGUAGCAAUGCCAAAGGCGGUAGGCGGAGGAAGAACAAUCACAGCCAGGGAAGGAGGCUAAUGAACAGCCGAACAAGUAUGGCUCAACAAGAAGAGAUAAUUAGAAGAACUGUCUACGUGUCUGACAUUGAUCAGCAG